GACUCGAUUCGUGUCAACCGUUCAGCGUUAUCUUGCAAACCCAGCGUGUGGCGAUCAAAUGAUUUAGUGAUUCAAGAAAAAUAUGGAUCCCAAAUAUUGUGAGAAUGUAGAUCUUUGUGACGAAAAGCACAGAUCAGAAGGAAACACAAAGCAUGAAAUAGUCUCCAUUGGUGACGUAUGUCCAUCCUUACAUUUAACAAAAUGUGAAACACACGAUCAAAAAUACUGUUUACUGGACUGUAAGGAUUUGUCCAAGCAUCAAGAUGAGGAUGUUGAAAAUAUUGUCGAGGAUUUGUCCAAGCAUCAAGAUGAGGAUGUUGAAAAUAUUGUCGAGGAUUUGUCCAAGCAUCAAGAUAAUUAUGUUUCAAGACUUAGUAUUGUCGAGGAUUUGUCCAAGCAUCAAGAUGAGGAUGUUGAAAGUAUUGUGCACCUUUUGUCCCAGGAUCAAGUUGAGGUUGUUGAAAAUAUUGCCGAGCAUUUGUCCAAGCAUCAAGAUGAGGAUGUUGAAAAUAUUGUCGAGGAUUUGUCCAAGCAUCAAGAUGAGGAUGUUGAAAAUAUUGUCGAGGAUUUGUCCAAGCAUCAAGAUAAUUAUGUUUCAAGACUUAGUAUUGUCGAGGAUUUGUCCAAGCAUCAAGAUGAGGAUGUUGAAAGUAGUGUGCACCUUUUGUCCCAGGAUCAAGUUGAGGUUGUUGAAAAUAUUGCCGAGGAUUUGUCCAAGCAUCAAGAUGAGGAUGUUGAAAAUAUUGUCGAGGAUUUGUCCAAGCAUCAAGAUGAGGAUGUUGAAAAUAUUGUCGAGGAUUUGUCCAAGCAUCAAGAUAAUUAUGUUUCAAGACUUAGUAUUGUCGAGGAUUUGUCCAAGCAUCAAGAUGAGGAUGUUGAAAGUAUUGUGCACCUUUUGUCCCAGGAUCAAGUUGAGGUUGUUGAAAAUAUUGCCGAGGAUUUGUCCAAGCAUCAAGAUGAGGAUGUUGAAAAUAUUGUUGAGGAUUUGUCCAAGCAUCAAGAUAAGGAUGUUGAAAAUAUUGUCGAGGAUUUGUCCAAGCAUCAAGAUAAUUAUGUUUCAAGACUUAGUAUUGUCGAGGAUUUGUCCAAGCAUCAAGAUGAGGAUGUUGAAAGUAGUGUGCACCUUUUGUCCCAGGAUCAAGUUGAGGAUAUCGAAGAUUUUUCCAAGAAUCUUAACAGUAAGAAUGUUGGAAAUAUUUGUCACUUGUGUCAUUCGACCCUAAAAGUACAGAGCCACUGCAAAAUUUGUCGCCUGAACAUUUGCAAGAAUUGCGAAGAAUCUCAUGUAUCAAACGGUGGUAAAGUACACGAAUUAGUCUCUAUCGACGAAGUAUGUCCAUCUUCAAAUUUAACGAAAUGUAAAACACACAAUCAAAUGAUAUGUACGUUUGAGUGCAAGGAAUGUCACAAGUUUAUGUGUUCUUUGUGUAUUAGAUCAGGUCAUCACCGUGGACAUCAAGUUGAGGAGGUUGCACAUAUUGUCAAAGUUUCGUCUACGUAUAUAGUCAAAACGGGUCCACCUUCUGAAACCACUGACGAUUUGAAUGAAAUGAUUACUUGGUCUAAACAUAUAACAUCGAAAAAACUUAGAGAUGUUUUUAAUUCUUUCCAAGUUGGAUUUCCAGAUGAUCCUUUGAAUGAAUCAAUUGUUCACAAAAUACUGAAUGAAGAUUUUUUGAGAGGGUUAAAGGUUGAAAUUAACUCCCUAGCGACUGGAAUUAUGCUUAUAAAGAAUAUAAACAGAGAACAUCUCGUUAAACCCGGAGAAGUUUGUGUGUUUGAAUUAGAUGUUAUCAAUGAAGGAGACCAGUUAGUUGUCAUUCAAAAGGAUAACUGCAGUCCAAAAUUAUUUUAUUCAAACGAAGAAAACAUAGCCAGGAUCAUUUUAAUUAGAAGCGAUUCAAUUCCAGUCAUUGAGGCGAAAUUGGCAGUUUACCGAAACUACAAACAUCUUAUCAUACAAAGAAACAUUUGGUUACAGCAUGAAUACGAAGAAUUUGAUGAGGUUGCAAAGUUGAUUGCAUACGAGAGAUUAUCAUCGAUAUGUGUUUCAAUUGAAUUACUGAUAAAUGUCUUUACCAUUGGUCUCUCUAGAAUCAAUAGUGAGCCAAUAGGCAAACAAUCAACAACAGAAGACAUCAAAACAGUUUGCAAUAAAACUUUUAACAUUGCAAAAGAUGAGGCUGUUGGAUUAGUGAACUGUAACUUUUACCGAAAAGGAGAAUGGGGAGAUAUGAUUGCUCAGUUUAUCCAUGAGAAAUUUUAUGUAAAUGGAGAGCCAGAAAUCGCUGAUGUCUUGAACGAAAUUAAGAAAAUGUGUCAGAAAACAGUGGAUGACCUUAAUAAUAUUUUGCGUGGUCUUGAAGACUUUCUUUUAAAGGUGCAGCCAGAGGAUCAAAGCAAGGUAAUUGAAGAAUGGUUUAAAAGAGAAGUCAUACAAGCCGGGCCUGCAUUGCAAAAAUAUCCAUCUAUUAUUCAAUUUAUAGCUGGGCAUACAAAAGAUGGACAAAUCGUUGUGAAAGUGUAUCUUCGCAAUGAUGAUAAAGAAGCCGAGAGUUAUUUCAAAAAUGGCAGUAAAAUGUUGAAAGACACAAAGUUCGAAUUUGUAUGUGUCAACAAAAAUUCUAAAGCAAUAUUAAAGGAAGUUGAAAAAAUAACUCAUCAUGAAAAGAGAGCACCUGCUAUAGACAGAUCUACUUUAGCGAAAUUGGGGAAUGUAAUUCAGGAGGAAGGUAUCAAAAUAUAUGCACAAUAUUCCAAUGUCAUCGGUAUUGGAAUAAGUCAAGUUAGAUGUGUGGGUGACAUGAUAAUAAAUGAACCAUGCAUCGUUCUGUAUUGUCUGGAUAAAAAUAUUAUACCGUUUGGUGAAAAACCACUACCAGAAUCAAUUGCAGGGUGGCCUUGUGACAUAAGAGAAGAUUUUGUUAUGUUUGGCAAAUGUCCGAGACCAUGUCCGUCGCCCAGCCUAAACUUUCCUGAAUCUGGUUGUAGUAUUGGAAUACCUUCCGUGGAUUCUGCUGGAUCUGUUGGAUUUUUGGUCGAAUCAAAAAAUCCAAUAUACAAAAUGCAAUGCGGAUUUCUUACAGCAUCACAUGUUGCAAUUGACUGUUUUGAAGUCCUAUACCACCACAAGUCUUUAUUGUCUAUGAAUCAUCUUCUUUCUACCAGAGAGCAUUGCAUAGUGCAUCCCUCAUGGCAUGAUAGUGGGAAUAUUGACUUUAGAAUUGGCAAUGUUGUUGAAUCGUUUAUUGGAAACUAUGGAUCAGAGAAAAGAGGUUUGGAUUUUGCGUUAGUGAAAAACUACAUAAGUAGGAAAGAAGAGAAAGAUCCAUUAACAGUUGCAAAUGAUCUUCAGUUAACGUUUGAUGGAAAAAUGAGUGUAAUCAAGACUGGACGAACAACAGGGACAACAGUUGGUGUUCUACAACACAACAUUCUGUCAGUUAAAGUUCACCAAUCAUUUUUAUCCAGGGAAUUUUUCGCAUUUUUUAAUUGUUAUGCUAUUGGAAAUACGAGCAAUGAAGUAUUUUUUAGAGAAGGGGACUCUGGUUCUGGUGUAUUUGUGAAAGAGAGCGACGGAACGAUUAAACCCUUGGGGAUUGCCUUUGCUUAUAUGAAUUCACAAACGGCUGUCUGUAGGAUUGAUGAAAUUGUCAAAAGUCUUGAUUUGACAAUAGUAAAAUAUCGUACUUCACCAUAAGUCAAUGUUCAUGAACAUCUUACCAUAAAAAAUUAUUCUUUGCCUAAAUUUUCCAUGUGAGAUAAUGUAAAUCUUUUUGUAGUUGAGAGUCCCAUUCAGUGAUACAUGUCUUUUUGAUGUACGUAAAUAACCAGGGUUAAACGUUGCUGUAACAUCAGUCUUUUGUGACUUUCUGGAGGUUCUUUAAAAAUUGGCAUCCCCUUGCAUAACUUCAUGUAACUGGACUUGACCAACUGAAUGAAAUACCUAAGGAAAAUGUAUUACGUACAUAUUCUGAAGAUAUCCAACUUUUACUGUAUUACUUCGUGUUUAGCUACACUCUAUUAGAUAACUGUCCAUUACUGUUAUAUGUAAAUAUUUGUAGCAAUUUAAAAAGUAUAUUCAUUUCUAAUAAUUUACAUACGAUAAAUGUUUCACAUAAAUACAAUUUGUCGUCGGUAUAAUUUCUGUGUAACUGUGAUGCAAAUUAGCACAUAGCAAUGUGCAUUCAUCAUACUACACUGUUUUACAAUGUUUUACAAGGACGUACUGAAUUUUGAACGAUGAUGACAUGGUGUGCAUAUAUGUAAACAACAACGCCAGAAUGAAAAUUUGAAAAGAAUACAAAAAGUAUACAAGAUAUCGGAUAUAAAAUUUAAUAUAAGUAAUCGAAUAGACAAGAGCGAUAACAAAUUCUCCGAUAAACAUUAAUUUAAGUUCGUAUGUGGAAUAAACAUAUUUAUUAUAAGUAAAUGUCUAGCUUGUUAUUACGUCAAAACAAUGAAGCCAUAAGGAUUUUUUUUUUAAAAACAAAACUCCUAUUUAUUUGUAAAAUUGACCAAAAUUUUAGUUAUUACGAAGAAGUUUAUGUGGAUAACAUUCACUUCUUUGAUUCUACGCAGGGGGUGUAUCGUGAACUGUUAUUGCGAGAGUAGGAAAUUUAUGAAUUUAGAAAGUUGUAAAUAUUUUGUACACUUUAAAAAAAAACACCAAAAAAAAAACCAAACAGAAAAAACCUCCAAAAAACAGUCUGUACAUAUUAAUAACGUUGCUUAAAAGAUCAAUUUGAAAUCUUAUGAAACCCUUUAAUGAAAAAUGUUUUCUAAUCUAUUUAUUUCAUACUGUUGAUAUUAUCAAUAGUUAACGUAUGUGCUUCAUGAAAAUUUGAUAUGCAUUUCAUUAAUUAUAAUGCCUGUUCAGGUUAUAUGAGCAACAAUAAAUAUUG